AUGACCACUGAAUUUAAGGAGGCCAAAGUCAUGAACCUCUUUGCUGGAGAUACAUGGGGUCUGUGUACCACAGAGGCAUUUGGAAUGGGAAUGGAUGUACCAGAUGUGACUUUGGUCAUUCAGUGUUCAACCACUGUUGAUAUUCCACACCCAGAAGAAGGUGAUGGUACUCAGGCUACUAGUAGUGGUUCAGUGGAAAACACACCUAUAGUUACUGAUGCACAGUUGAGGGAAUUAAUGAGACCAGCAAGCACAUUAGAGAGGGCGUCAAGGCAGAAGAAAGAGAAAGAAUUAGAUCAAGCAAUGGACUUGCUAAUCAAUGCCAGUUAUUGUGGUGUUGGGUGUCAUUGGAAGGUAUUUAAUAUCCAAUUUGACAAUGAAUCAGCAGAUUUGAGUCACCUUAUAUGCAACGCAUCAGAUGCAGAAGGCUGCUCACAUUGUGCCCCAAUAAUUCCUAAAGAGUUCAAAUUGUGUGAGGCGCUGGAGGAUUGCAGAGACCAGAAGACAGUGGAAAUAUAUGGACGUUCACACCUUAUUGAUCUCGGUCCAACCAUUGUGAUGGGUGACUCGGCCCUUGACUGGAUUGUUGACUGCACCCAUUUUCAGAAGAUUAAGAUCACUGAUGAUCUCCGCAAGGAAACACAUUGGUCUGUCAAUGACAACCUGGCCAGAGAGGUGAUUGCUAUAAUCCACCGCAUCAUUCCAAUUUCGCUCUAUACAACUGCCCCCCUAAAACAAUGCCCUCUACCUACCACUGUCAAUGCACCAAACAGUGGGUUAGAUCAACAUUCAGCUCACAUUGCAUCAAAUGGUCCACCUGCCGGUGUCAAAAAGGUGCAGAAGUGCAGCACUUGUGGCCAGGCUGGUCAUAACAAACAUGGCCACAUCUGUCCAAUGCAUCCAUCAUGGAUACCUUCCGCAGCUGAGAAGGGGAAUGUAUAG